UUUAUACUUUUUUUUUUAAAAGAAAAAGUAAUCUUUGAAUGGAUACAAAGAGUAUUGAUGACAACGGCUUUGUUUAAAGAUGACGUAUGGAAUUCUUUGGAGAAGCCUUUAGACAUAGAAAAUGGAGGCUUUUAUCUUUUUAAAGACUCUUCUGAAAAGUGUUUAGAGUAUAAAGAAAGGGAAUACCAGACUCCUAAUAAGCCUGUGACAUAUAGAAAUGAAGAGUCCAUUUUGCUGAAGUGCAAAGAAAUUGCAGUGUCGUACUUUCAAAUUAUAGAGAAUCAAAAAGAAGAAAUCAACGCGGUGUGUCGAACUCAGAAUAAAAGAAAACGCAAAUUUUUUUUAAAGUCGACUCCACAAAAAGUUCCCAAGCAUACUUUGAUUACUGUUGCUAAGAAAAUUAAAGAUGUUAAGCAGCUAUAA